AUAAUAAUAAUAUUUGCAGCAGGGACAGAUUUCUACAACACGCCAAGAAAUCCAGGGAUAAAGUUCCACACGUCUGCUGUCAUCUACAGUAACCAGCCAGUACUGCAGCUGAUCUGGCUGUCUCAAUAAAGUUGUUGUUGUUGCCAUGGAUGGGAGCCUCAUGGUGUCAGGAAGUGGUGAUCUCUCCUCCCUGAUCUGAGCACAGAAGGAGUCACAGAGCACACUGACAUCUCUACAGCCAUCCUGCAGUGUGCACGGCUCUUCCCUGACUGUUAUCGUUGAUCUCCUCAGGAGCCUUCUGUCUUUCUUCCUGGGAAUGACCUAAACUUCAGCAGCAGAAAUGCCGAAAUGCGUAGUGAGGAGAUGUCCUCAUCGAACUGGAGAAAAGUCUAUGUUCCCUCAGAUCGUUCUUCACCCGUUUCCCAAGAACAUUCUGCUUAUCAAAGACUGGCUUCGCUUGGCGGGAAUGCAAGAAGAAAACUUGGAGAUCGUCUCUUUAGAGAUCCUGGGGGACAGACGGUCAGACAAGUAUAGAAUGUGCUCGGCGCACUUUACGCAAGAUUCCUAUGUUUUAAAAGGGUCGAAACGAGUCCUUAAAGCCGAUGCCAAGCCGAGUACAUUCCCAGAAAUCUCGUCGCUGGAUUUUGCACAUCCGCCAAUGAUGCAUAAAAUCGCUCAACGAGCGCGGAUAGGAAAGAGCGUGGCCAUCCCCGCAGACGAUCGACCUGUAAAGGCAAAGUGCAAAUGCAAAUGUCACGCGGGGCCCAAACCGAAGCUUGUCGAUUCAAGUACUCAAACCGAGGAGUCUGAUUCUCUCAUCCUUGAGUCUGUUGAUCCAUACCGCAGACUAACCAACCAUCAGAACGUUGACGUGGACCUUGGCUAUUCUCAAGCUUUAUGUCAAGAACAUCCCACAGCAGAAGAAACCAUGGCCAUCAAGGUACCACCAUCUCCUAAUAGAAUCCCCGUCAAGAAAUGGGAAGUGACUGACUUUCCAAUCCUGGGAGAAAAAAAACACAACGACAACGUCUCUCUAAAUUCCGAGGCCACGAGAUCCUAUAAAGGUGAAGACCUGAUCACGAGCGAGGAGCCCUCCUUUGAAAUAAUAACCGUUGAAGACUGGGAGGCCACCGAGAUCCAAACCAAGCAAGAGAGUUUCCAAAAUGGAAAUGGCUUUCUGCAUUUGGGGGAAAUGGACUCGGAAAACGGAAGGAAUACCGAGAUCGCGCCGUCAUUCCGUACAGUGUCCAACCAGAAAAGGGCGGAUCACGUCACCGAAGGAAAGAAAGAGUUUAUUGGAAAUGGAAAUGGCUUUCUGCAUUUGGGGGAAAUGGACUCGGAAAGCGGAAGGAAUACCGAGAUCGCGCCGCCAUUUCAUACAGUGUCCAACCGGAAAAGGGGGGAUCACGUUACCGAAGGAAAGAAAGAGUUUAUUGAAAAUGGCAGUUGGCCAUUGGAUAAGCCAAGCCACGCGACAGUUGUGCCGUCCUUCGGCAAGAGUCCUUUUACAAAGAAGGAAGGCGAAAAAGAUAAAGUAAAGAAACCAGACCCCCUUACGAGUUCGCUGAUUGAGAGUUCAGCGGGUGACCUUUCCAACGCAACAAAAGCCAAAAGAAGAAAAAAUGGCCAAGAGGCUAUUUUGUCUGACCCAUUAAACCCUUCAUCCGACGAGGAGAAUACGGGGCCUUCUACAUCGCCCUUGUCACUGGAGGAGAAGUACGCCAAGGAGAAGAAGUACCUCGUAUUCGAAUCGUGCCUUGACGUCCUUCUGCUCAACAUGCGUUGCCAACAAGAGGAUUGCUCAGAAAAGAUACAACGAUAUGACAAGCACGCCGUGGGCUCCUUGUUGGUGGUCUUCGCCACGUGCCGCAGGGGCCACCAUUGCAAGCUUUGGGAAAGUCAACCUCGCGUGAACGGAGUUGGCGCCGGAAAUGUUUUGCUGGCGACGAUGCUCGUACUGACUGGCUCAAGUUUUACAAAAAUCAAGGGACUGUGUGACAUCAUAGCUCUGCAGAUCUUUUCAGAAUCCUCUUUCCAUAAGUACGAAGAUACGUUCAUCUUUCCUAGUAUUGACCAGUGGAUACGAGAAGAAGACGAAUCUGAAAUGAUGUGCGCAACCGAGGAAGAAGACGCCGUUUUAGACAGAAGACGGUCCGUGUGACAGAAAACGGGACUGUUGAAUGUCAUCGUGACGGAGGUCGCGGGUAACAACGUUUUGCCGCGUACACACGCGAUCGGAAUUUACGACAACAAAUGUUCGAUGGGAGCUGCGUCGGAAUUGUGUACCUACGCUCGGAAUUUACAAGAACGUAUUUUGUUG